CAAUGAGCGCAGCUCGGCUUUGGAAUGGCCGGGCGGUGCGUAAACAAGCGCAGAGGCGCCUCCUCCCUCCCGCUCUCUGUCUCUCCCUCCCUCUCGGUAUUUCCGCGAUCUCACUCCUGCUUCUUACAGGGCAGCAAGUGUUGAGUCCCAUUCAGCCAGUGACAAAACUUAGCUCUUUCCCCCCUCUCUCUCUCUCGCUCUCUCUAUCUUCUUCAACACCCCACCCCCCACCGGGUGUUUAUUCAUUUCUUGGUUUUUUUUGAGACAUCAUCCGGCCGCGAUUCCCAUCCAACCCCACAACCAAAAAAAAAUUUAUAAAACUCUAGUCCUCUUGUAAUCACUAUGGCCUCUUGAGAAAACAAAAGGUUUUGGACACUUUGUACAGUACAGAAGAAGAGAAAAGCGUUACCUUGAUCCUUGACUAAAGGACAAUGUACUCCUGGAGAAGUUGAUUUGCUUCAAAUUUAUUUCAACAAAUUUCUCAGACAGAUGCCUGGAGAAGUGCAGCUGUGCCGAGCAGCACAGCAGGUUCUUUAAGCCUAGAGCCACCCAUCAACUCUGGCCUGAUUUUCCUGUUCUUUUACUGUUAUCUUGUUCAACAAUGGCUACUCAAAGGAAAUACCUAGUGAGAGAAUUUAAUGCCUUCAUCACUUGUUACAUCUGCAAGGGCUAUCUAAUCAAGCCAACUACAGUGACUGAGUGUCUACACACUUUUUGCAAAAGUUGUAUUGUUCAACAUUUUGAAGACACAAAUGACUGUCCAAAAUGUGGAAUUCAAGUUCAUGAAACUAAUCCUUUGGAAAUGUUAAGGUUGGACAAUACACUCGAAGAAAUUAUAUUUAAGUUGGUGCCUGGUCUUAAGGAAAUGGAAAAGCGGCAAGAAGAAGAAUUCUGGAAAAAAAAUAAACCACAAGAGAAUGGAGAAGAUAAUGAAGGCCCCAAAGCCAAAAAAGCUAAAAUAGAAGAGGAAGAGGACCAAGAAGAUCAAGAUUAUCAUAGAAGUGAUCCACAGAUUGCCAUUUGCCUAGAUUGCCUUCGCAACAAUGGCCAAUCAGGAGAUAAUACUGUAAAGGGCUUAAUGAAGAAAUUUAUUCGCUGCUCAACAAGAGUCACAGUGGGAACUAUAAAAAAAUUUCUGAGUUUGAAAUUAAAACUUCCUAGCACUUGUGAGCUCGAUGUUCUAUGCAAUGGGGAAAUUAUGGGGAAGGAUCAUACAAUGGAAUUCAUAUAUAUGACUAGAUGGAGACUCCGAGCUGAAAAUUCUUAUCCAAUGGUACUACAGUAUCGGCCAAGGAUUGACUUUGGUUAGCCAGAGCAGCUGUUAUCCAUUGUGGUGGAUACUGCACUAAAGUUUACCCAUCGACAGUUUGCACAAUGAAUGGAUAUAUUGGACAAUGGACAGAAUCAGAUUAUUCAGAAGAGAAAAAAAAUUUGUAUCUGUCUACCGUUUUUCAGAUGCGUUUAUUUUUCCCAAGGACAAGCCCAAUGCUAUUCUGCUACUGGAGCCAUGAAUCGUUUGUGUGAUCAGUGUGAUAUUUGUGUUGAAUACUGUACAUAAUCACUCACUGUAGUCUGUGAGUUGAGAUUCAGUGUUCACUGCCCAUUGUCUAUAAGCCUACGUCCUGAAGUUAUACAUGUGCUUGUGCUAAUGCUAAAACACAUAGCAAAAUGGCAAAACUUGUUCUAUGUCUUUGAAUAAAUUUGUGUUCCGGCUAACAUAUGUAUUGACUUUCUUUGUUUAUAGUAAGUUAAUUAGUCCUGCAGAUUACAAUUUGAAGCUUUAAAGUGUUUUUGUUAUAUACCACUGGUGUAAUCAUUAAAGAAACAUGCAUUUUUGAGGGGAAAAAUUCUUCCAAAAUUAUCCCGGCUAUGAACAGUGGCCCCUUUUCCUAGUAAAAUGUUUUAUACCUGUAGCCUAAAGUUUUUUAAAAAAGUCAGCGAAAAAGGCUCUAGAAAUGUCACUCAAAAGGGUCAGGCAUGAAGGACAACUUAUCAAAAGAUACUUUAUUCACAAUAGCCUGAUUCUUUCAAACAAAUUAGCUCACUAAAAAUUAUUAAGCCUCAAGAUUAAGUUUUACAUUUAUUUAAAAUGUACACUAAUGAAGAUUUUGGAAUUAAGAAUGUACUUUCUUAACACAUCAAAUUUCAAAAUGACCUGUACUCAGUCAUUAAAUUGCAGGUGAUUCCUAAUUUUUUUUGGCGAAUCUCACUGGUGAAUUUUGAAACCACUGGGGCAUUCUGCUUAUUACUAACAGUUGCGCAUCAAGUUACUUGUUGAAAUCAGGCAUUGAUUGACAAUGAAAAAUUGCUUGAACAAACCUUCCUUCUUCCUUGUAUUUUACUUCUGCAACAAUCAGCAUUGAUGAAAACAGCUAUUUUUCUAAAGUAGAUUAUCAUGGCCUGCAGUCAUCACCUUCCUUGACAAUCAGAUAUAAUGUUUACUUCGGAAUAUAUGAUUAAACAAUAAUAUGGCAUUAUUCUUAAGUAAUUCGUACUCAAUGUUGUUUCUGGAACCUUAGUACGUUUGAAGUGUGAGCUCCGUGGGUUAAGUUUUACUGAUUGAAUGUGAAUUGGAUGUCGGUGAUUAAGCCCAUGAAAAUAUACAUAUAUAUAUAAAAGAAUAAAAUAGUGAUAUUUGUAAUCAGCCUUCUAAGCUAAUGGGAUCUGUAAAACUGGUGAUUUACCUCCCAGCACUCCUAAAAAUAAUAGCUACUGAUUUUAGCUCUUGCUUCAGUCAAUAAAUAUAGAAGUUGAUAGGACAGAAUCUGCCAGACUUUAUGUUCAGCUUUGGAGUUUAUUGUUUACACCAGUGCAUAGUUUUAUUUAUUAUUUCAGUUGUGUACUUCAUGGGAUAAUACAAAACAUGCAAAAACCUACUGAGGCAUUUUAUAAUUGAUCAUAAUGGUGAUCACACUGAUACUUAUGUUUAUUUUUGCUGUUAGUUUCUGAAAUUCAAUUAAUAAUAGGAUUUAGCUGAUCUGAAACCUAAAGAAUACUGUUGACCAUGAUGGUGGACAAGCACUUCAACUUUCAGAACGACCAUUUAAAAUAAGAGGAACAAUACCUGUGUAACAGUUGUCAUUUAAAUAUGUUCAGCAUUCAACUACUUUCGGCAACAGUAACCUAUUGCCUUUUCGUUAGUAAUUAAAGUGACACAAGCAAGCAUUUGUCAGCCAUGUACUGUAGUCAAUGUGGCAUCUUUACAAUGUGUUACAUGUUAUAUUCAUUUUUGAAUGCUUUGAAUAGUGUUAAUUCCGAAGGAUUUGUAACCUGUUAAAAACCUUGUAAUAUCAUCAGGCCAGUACAGUUAAGUGUCAUUUUAAUAGUAUUACAUUGUUUUUACGCCCUUAACAUUUCCUGAACCUAGCAGAUAUUUUUGCAUUGCACUCUUAAAUACUACGCUGAAAAAUUCCAUUUGAAAACAGUUUUGUUGUGAUUGUAAAGUGAGUCCAAGAAUCAUUUAAUUUUAAAUGAACAAUUAACUUGAAGAUCAUUGCAAAUUACUAAAUCCUAUAUUAAAAUGUAAAUAUUUUUGUAAACAAAACCAAUUGUAAAUGUUUGCAAUACUGAUGUUAAUAGUAUUUUAUGUUUUGCAAAAAACUGUUUAGAGAAGCAGUUCUAUUUUUUAAUAUGUAUUUGCUGCAGACAUGCAUUCCUCUUUAACCAUGUUUGGGUUUUAGUGAAUGUUCUGUACAUUUGCAAUCACACUGGGAUGAGAAAUGAAUACUGUGUCUGAAAAUUGUAUCAAUUGAAGCACAAUUCACCCACUGUCUUGUAGUGAUUUGCUAACUUAAAGGAGCAAUAAAAUGUACCAGUUAUGAAAAUGCUGUUGUAAAGGCUUAAGCCACAA